AUGGCCGAUCUAAGGCUCUAUGUGAAUGUGCAUCAUGUGGCCUUUGAUGGUGGAUCCUUGAGAUACUUUCAGCGCGAUCUGUGGGCCUUUUACGAGGUGCGAAGCUGCGGAGCUGCGGCGGGAUUUGCUCGAAAGCGGGAUGACCUUGCGCUGCCGCCCCUGCCUUCGCUGCUGGCCUCUUCGCUUUCGCGCCAGCAGCGCCAGCAGCGCGGGAGCGAAAGCGGCGCCCAGCUCGUGGUGAUGAUGGAACGCUUGAAGGGCUGCACCUUCCAACUGCAGCUGCCCAGAGCUGCCCCUGGCCGUGGAGCCCCACAGCGCUGGACCUCCUUCGCCCCGGCAGAGCCGGUGCGGCGCCUGGCGCAGCAGGAGGGUGUGACAGAAUUCACCGUCCUGCUGGCGGCCUAUGGGGCACUUUUGGGGCGAUGCUGUCAGCAAAAGGACCUCGUCAUUGGCAUCCCGGUCUCCCGGAGGCACAGCUAUGAUGGCACCGAGCAGAUGGUGGGUUGCUUUGUGAACACCAGUCUGGUGCGGGUGUGCCUCACUGAGCAGCAUCACGCACUCUCCUUCCGUUCGAUCCUAGGGCAAGUGCAGAAGCAACUUUUGGCUGCCUUGCAGACUUCACACGUUCCCUUCCAGAAGCUCUUGCAAGAGUUGCGCCCAGAGGGGACCUCUGAGCUGCAGACGAUGUUUGAUGUCCACGAAGAGGCGUUUCAACCUGAGGUCGCCAGGGGCGUCGUCUCGCAACCCUGGAGUCUCACUCACCUGGACGUCAAGCAAGACGCCAAGUUUGAGCUGUCGCUGGAUUUGGUGAGAUCACGACGCUUCGAUGGAUACAAAGCUCUGUGGGAGCUCCGCGACGGCUGCGGGGAGUGGCUGGCCGCACAGUGGGCGGAGCUGCUGACGGAGCUCCACGUGGAGCUGAAGCCUUGGACCUGGCUCGCGCCCAGCGAAAGGCGCCAGCUGCACGAGGGUUGCGUGGGCUCCUCUGUGCCGUUGCCACAGCUUGCGGUGCAUCAGCUGAUCCUUCAACAAGCGAAGCGCACGCCCAAGAGCUGUGCGGUGCAAAUGCAGGCUGGUCGAUGUUUGUCCUUCGAAAUGCUCGUGGCUGCCUCCGCCCGCGUGGCAUCCAAGUUGACAGAUUUUGCUCGAAGACGAGUGGGUCUGAUGAUGGAGAAGGCUUGCGGAGAACGCAUGUAUUUUUCGCGCUAG